GCGGACCGGUAAAAAUCCCUCACCGCUGCACUUACCUCCCACCAUUGUUGCUCGCGGCUCUCCGAUCGCAGUUCACACGUAACUACGGUUCAUGCCAGUACGUGAACUUGUGGACCGUUAACAUGGCCCUUCCGAAGUACUUUGAGUUCAGCAACGGUGAUCGCAUGCCGCGGAUCGGCUUUGGAACAUGGCAGGCCUCCGAUGAAGUACUAGAAAAAGCCGUAGACGCAGCCCUAGAGGCCGGGUACCGUCACUUCGACUCCGCACGAGCUUACGAAAACGAGGCAGCCCUGGGACGCUCCCUGCGCCGAUGGAUCGGUGACAACCCUGCCAGGAGAAAGGAGCUGUUCGUUGUCACCAAGCUACCACCUGGAGGUAAUCGUCCUGAGCUAGUACCGGAAUACUUCAACGCGUCACUGAAAGACCUAGGUCUGGAAUACCUGGACCUGUACCUGAUGCACACGCCGUUCGCGUUCGAGCACGUGCCGGGAGACCUGCACCCCAAGAACGCUGACGGCUCCAUGAGGGUAGACCUCACUACUGAUCUCAUCGCCGUUUGGAAGAGCCUGUUGAAACUGAAGGAGUCCGGAGCAGUGCGACACGUCGGAGUAUCCAACCUGAACGCGGAGCAGCUCUCUAGGAUCUGUGCUGUGGAGAAACCGACUUGCCUGCAGGUGGAAGUACCUCUAUGCCAGCAACCAGCGCUACUAGCGGAAGCCAAGAAGCUCGGUGUGCCCGUGGUCGCGUACUCGCCGCUCGGCUCUAAGGCUCUCGCCGACAUGCUGGCUGAGAAGACUGGACGCUCAUACCCCGACCUGUUGACGCUGGAGCCAGUAACACGAGCGGCGGCGGCGCACGGGCGCACUCCCGCCCAGGUAUUGUUGCGGCACGCGCUGCAGCGAGGCAUUGCCGCCAUUCCGAAGAGCACCAACCCGCAGCGGAUCAAACAGAACAUAUCCGUGUGGGACUUCGAGCUGACCGCUGCAGAGAUGGCGGAGCUAAACGCACUGGACCGCGGAGAGGCCGGACGUAUCUGCGACUUCAGUUUCUUCCAAGGCAUCGAGAAACACCCCGAGUUCCCCUUCAAGAAGUAACCUUACCGCGUUAUGAACCGAAAUCCCUAGGCAAUAAGUGUAAGACCUGAGUGCACGCGUAUAUUGGGCGUGCAAGCGAGCGGGCCCUGCGGCGUGCAGGUCAAACAAUUGAAUUUCAUACAAGUGUCCUUAGUCGGCACUGCAUAGCGUGCACUCCGCCGAACCGAACGCUCCGAGCGUCCCCUCAGGUCUUACAGUAAGGUUACCUCGGAAAAGGCGGAACUUAACUCUGUCACAGUCUGGCAAACGUAUCUGUGGCUCCAUACAUCCGCUAAGGCAUCAAAAAUUUCCUUUCGAGACCCAUACGUCAAAAAUCAACACGAAAUUUUGAAUUAGGUAUGACAAAAUUAAUUAAAGGGGCUCGAAAGGUUAAUAGUCUUAAACGAUCAGAUAAAGUUACUUUUACUACGCACCGUGCUGAAGAGAUAGCCGAGUUUAGCCCUUAGAUAUACAUAUGAUAUCGUGUAGGUUUCACUUGCAAAAUGACCAUAGAAUUGAAAUCCGUCAAUUUUAAAAUUACUUACACAGUAUGACAAAAUCUCAUAUUGACGUCAAUCUAGUUGUGUCAUUUCGAUAGUAUUUGAGACCAUAAGCAGCUUAAGGGUUAAAUCCGGGAUACCUUUUCUAUAGAGUAACCCGUACAUAGUCGCCAUUAAGGUUCCUUUUCCAGAUAAUCAGAUGCUAUAAGAUAUUUAUUCGGAAAAACAGCGUCAAGAAAGAAUUCGAGUUGGUUCCUCUUAAAAAGGCUAAUAGGCGGUUUUAGAGACAAAUUGUAUACCUACGUUUAAAGACCGCUUUAUAUUAGGCACAGUACAAGAGUCUAGCUCGAUUUUGACGCUUGUUAAAAAAAAAGGUAUUUUGGAUAUGUUGAAAUGUGAUAUAAAAAUACAAUUAUUUAUAAGAAACACUAAAAAAGUUACCUGUUGUUAUAUUGUAAUACAUAUAUGGAUUAUAUAAACCGUACAACUGCCUACACAAUAUUAAAUAGAAUAGGUAGAAAGAUGACUACAUAUUAAGUGUUCAUAAAUAAUAAUGUUUUAAUCUGAAAAUUACAAAAUAUA